GAGGAGGAGGAGAAGGAGGUAGAGAAAAAAGAGGGAGAAAUGACGGAAGAGGAUAAGGAAGAAGAGGUGGUGAAGGAAGAGAAAGACGUAGAGAUGAAGGAGAAGGAGAAGAAACAGGAGGAGAAGAAGGAGAAGAAGAAGAAGAAUAAGAAGUAGAAGAAGAAGGAGCAGGAGGAGGAGAAGGAGGUAGAGGAAAAAGAGGAAGAGUUGGUUGUGGAGGGGAAGGAAGAAGAGAUGGUGAAGGAUGAGAAGGAGGAAGAAAAGAAGAAGAAGAAGAAAAAGAAGAAGAGAAAGAAGAAGAAGAAGAAGAUGAACGAGAAGGUGAAUGUGCAGGAGCAAGAUAAGGAGGUGGAAGAAAAAGAGGAAGAGUUGCUGAAGGAGGGGAAGAAAGAAGAGGAGAAGAAG